AGAGAGAGAGAGAGAGAGAGAGGAUCACUGUAGAAAGACAAGCACCACAUAAAGACCAGACAAAAAAACAACCUGGAGAGAAGAAAAUAACAAGUUCUGUUAUUCCUGAGGGAACUGAGGUCUGUUAGCUUUACUUUUGACAUUUUGAGUGUUUCAAGAAGUGAUACCUUUCCUGUAGUUUAUGUUUGGGCAUUUGCAGCAGCCAUAGAGGUUCCGACCCGCUUCUUUGAGCUUUGGGUUGGAGAUGACGGUCAGGACUGGCUGUCUGAAUGUUGAGCUGAUGCUUCCCAGCUGUGGUUUGUGGAUUUGGGGUUUGUUGAGCGUCCUUCUGCUGGCGGGUCAGUCCGAAGCGUGUCCUCCUCACUGUUCCUGCACAGGCACCGCUGUGGACUGCCAUGGACUUGCCUUCAAAAACAUGCCACGAAAUAUACCAAAGAACACAGAACGACUGGACUUGAACUCAAACAACCUCACACAUAUUGGCAAGGAUGACUUUGCUGGCCUUAAGCACCUCCGAAUUUUGCACCUCAUGGAUAACCAGAUUGUCACUAUUGAUAGAGGAGCCUUCAGUGACCUGAAGGAGUUGGACAGACUGCGUCUCAACCGAAACCGUCUCCAGCAACUCCCAGAGCUCCUGUUCCUGAAAAAUCCCGCUCUUUCCAGACUGGACUUAAGUGAAAAUGCCAUCCAGAUGAUACCUAGAAGAGCAUUUAGAGGAGCCACGAACAUCAAGAACUUACAGCUGGAUAAGAAUCACAUCAGCUGCAUUGAGGACGGAGCGUUUCGUGCAAUGAGAGUCCUGGAGGUCCUCACACUGAACAACAAUAAUAUCAGCACCAUCACCAUUUCCAGCUUCAAUCACAUGCCCAAGUUACGUACCUUCCGGCUGCACUCUAACAGUCUGCGGUGUGACUGUCAUUUGUCAUGGCUGUCUCAGUGGCUCAGACAGAGAGCGACGCUGGGACUUUACACUCAGUGCAGUGCACCACCCAACCUACACGGCCUCAACCUGGCCGAACUGCAGAAGAAAGACUUCACAUGCUCCGGUGUUUUUGAUUCCGGUCCUCAGCCCUGUGGUCUUGCGUCUGGUUCCUGUCCGCCGAUGUGCUCCUGCACAAACAAUAUCGUGGACUGCAGAGGAAAAGGUCUGACGGCAAUUCCAGCCAACAUGCCUGAAGGCAUGACUGAGAUACGACUGGAGCAGAACGGUAUAAAGUCUGUUCCUCCAGGAGCGUUCGCCUCCUACAAGAGACUGCGCAGAAUUGAUUUGAGUAAUAACCAAAUAUCUGAAAUCGCCCCCGAUGCGUUUCAAGGCCUGCGCUCACUCAACUCACUGUAAGUGUGCAUUUAUAAUCCAUUCACUCUCAUUGUGCCUCAGACAUUGUACGAUAAAAUCGUUCUGCUAGAAAUGUUGAUACUAUUAAAUGCCAAUAAAAUCCACUGUGUUCGCAUCAACGUCUUCCAGGAUCUUGAGAACCUGUCUCUAUUGUCUCUGUACGACAAUAAGAUCCAGACUCUAGCCAAAGGCACAUUUACUCCGCUGAAAUCUAUCCAGACUCUUCACUUAGCUCAGAACCCAUUCGUCUGUGACUGUGGUUUGAAGUGGCUGGCGGACUUUUUGCGCUCCAACCCAAUUGAGACCAGUGGCGCACGAUGCUCCAGUCCUCGACGGCUUGCCAACAAACGCAUCAGUCAGAUCAAGAGCAAGAAGUUCCGCUGUUCGGCCAAGGAACAGUACCACAUUCCAGGCUCAGAAGACACGCGUUUGAAUAAGGACUGUAACAGCAAGCCUGUUUGUCCACCCAAAUGUCGCUGUGAAACUACUGUGGUGGACUGCUCAAAUUUAUGCCUAACCAAGUUCCCAGAGCACCUUCCGAUAUCUACAACUGAACUACGUCUCAAUAACAAUGACUUGUCAAUCCUGGAGGCAACAGGACUCUUUCGGUCCCUCACACAUCUCAAGAAAAUAAACCUUAGCAACAAUAAAAUCACUGAGAUUGAGGAUGGAGCUUUUGAUGGUGCGUCGUCUGUAAUUGAACUUCACCUGACCGCCAACCACCUGGUGUCUAUACGUGGAGGAAUGUUCCGGGGAAUGGACGGAUUACGCAUGCUGAUGCUGAGGAAUAAUCGCAUCCGUUGCAUCCACAACAGCAGCUUCUCAGGCCUGCAGAACGUACGUCUGCUCUCGCUCUACGACAACCAGCUUACCACCAUCAUGCCCGGAGCCUUCGACACGCUGCCAAACCUCUCCACCCUAAACCUUCUGGCAAACCCUUUCAACUGUGAUUGUCGUCUGUCCUGGUUGGGCGAGUGGCUGCGAUCUCGGCAGAUCGUGACGGGAAACCCUCGCUGUCAGAACCCAGCAUUCCUCAGAGAGAUCCCACUGCAGGACGUGGCAAAGCCGGACUUCCUCUGUGACAAGGCUCUGAUUGAAGACGAUGUGAGUUGUGUGCCUAAGCCGGCGUGUCCUGAGCAGUGCAGGUGUCUGGAUACAGUGGUGCGCUGCAGCAACAAGCACCUGUUGGCUUUACCCCGCGGCGUCCCACACAAUGUCACUGAACUAUACCUGGAUGGGAAUCUGUUUGUUGCGGUGCCUAAAGAGCUCUCAGCAUUCAGACAGCUGCAACUGGUUGACUUGAGCAACAAUAAAAUCAGUUUCUUGUCCAACUCUUCUUUUGCCAACAUGAGUCAGCUAACCACACUGAUCUUGAGUUAUAACGCGCUGCACUGUAUUCCUCCUCUGGUGUUUGGAGGCCUGUCCUCUCUCCGUCUGCUAUCUCUCCAUGGCAACAAUAUUUCUGAAUUACACCAGGAAGUCUUCAGAGACGCAGCGUCUCUCUCGCACCUGGCGAUCGGCGCAAACCCGCUGUACUGUGACUGUGGCCUGCGCUGGCUCUCAGACUGGGUGAAGAGCGGCUACAAGGAGCCCGGGAUCGCCCGCUGCGCCGCGCCGCAGGGUAUGGAGGGAAAACUGCUGCUCACAACGCCAGGCAACAGCUUCCAGUGCACAGGUCCUGUGGAUCCGUCCGUGUCUGAGAAAUGCAGCCCGUGUUCGUCGAGCCCCUGCCAGAAUCAAGGCCUGUGCCACAGCGACCCCGUCCUUCAGUACAAGUGCAGCUGUCCGCAGGGUUACAAGGGGAGAAACUGUGAGGUGUCUGUCAGCGCUUGUGAAGGCGGUCCAUGUGUGAACGGAGGAACCUGUCACAGCGACAAGGAUAGAAAAGGCUUCAGCUGCUGGUGUCCUGUGGGCUUCGCCGGUCAGCUCUGUGAGCUGGAUGUUGAUGACUGUGUGGAGAACGAGUGUGAGAAUGGCACCAUCUGUGUGGACGGAGUGGGAAACUACAGCUGCGUCUGCCCGCGCCCCUUCUCAGGCCAGAAGUGUGAAGAGUACGAGGAGGAUCUGUGUUAUCCCGGUCAGAAUCCCUGUCAUCGUGGGUCCACCUGCAUACCCACCGUCACCGGACCGAAAUGCAUCUGUCCGCCGGGUUUCGUGGGUGACGACUGCAGUGUGGAUUAUAAUGAAUGUGAGGGACAUUACUGUCAGAACGGAGCGCGCUGUGUGGAUCACGUGGCGGGAUACACAUGCGUCUGUCCUCAGGGCUACAGCGGUCGGCUGUGUGAAGUGUCUCUCCGGGCUCCUGCCGGCUGUGAGUUGUUGCUCUGUGAGAAUGGCGCCCCCUGUGUGGAGAGCGACGGUACUGCAGCGUGCCAGUGUCUGUCCGGGUUCGGCGGGCCGCGCUGCGAAAAGCUCCUCAGUGUCAACUUCAUCGACAGAGACUCUUACCUGCUGCUCACCGACGUCAAAAACCGGCCACAGACCAACAUCACGCUUCAGGUCUCCACAGCUGAAGAAAAUGGGAUUCUUCUCUACAACGGCGUCAAUGACCACAUCGCUGUAGAGUUACACGCCGGCCGUGUCAAAGUGACCUACGACGCAGGAGAUCCGCCGGGCAGCACCAUUUACAGUUCUGAAAUAGUGAACGACGGACGCUUUCACACCCUCGAGCUGCUGACUUAUGAGCGGAUGGUCAACCUUUCUGUGGACGGAGGGCUUCCUAUGACUCUGGACAGCUCGGGACACGUCCAGACCCUCACCAGAGACGCCCCACUAUACGUCGGGGGUAUGCCUGAAAACGCCCAGUCGCUGUCUUUCAACCAGUGGCCGCCUCUCAACGGCUCCAGUUUUCAAGGCUGCAUCCGAAACCUCUACAUCAAUAAUGAACUGCAGGACUUCACGCACACGCAGAUGAAGCCGGGAGUGGUGCCGGGCUGCCGGGCCUGUCAGGAGCUGCGCUGCGUGAACGGACUGUGUCAGCCGGACGCCGCCGCCGGGCCCGUGUGCCACUGUCAGCCGGGAUGGGCCGGCAAACACUGUGAUGCAGCCGCUACCAACCCCUGCCAGAAAAACAAGUGUUGUGUUCACGGCACCUGUGUCCCAGUGGACCUGCAGUCGUAUCGCUGCCAGUGUGCGGACGGGGGGCCCCUGUGCGCUCAAGAGGACGUGUCCGGCCCCUGUGUGGCGCUCUCAUGCCAGCACGGCUUCUGCGAGGUAUCACCGACGGGACAGGCGCAGUGCGUUUGUGACAGCGGCUACAGCGGCCAGUUAUGUGACACAGUGGCUCCGUGUCAGGGCGAGUCCGUACGGGACUUCCAUCGCGUGCGGCGCGGCGAGGUCCAGUGUCGCAGCACACAGCCGCUGUCCUGGGUGGAGUGUCGCGGCGGCUGCAGGCCGGAUUCGGGCGCAUGCUGCGGCGGCUCCAGAGUACGACGCAGACGCUAUAGUUUCGAGUGUGACGACGGCAGUUCCUUCACACAGGAAGUAGAAAAGACGGUCGAAUGCAGCUGUGGAAAGUGUGUGUAGUCAUCAGAGACCACAGAAGACAUUAAAGAGCAAAAAUAGUGUGCAUUUGUAUCUGUGGACCGUGACAUCUGUGAGGUAGCUUGAUGAACUGUUUAAGAAAAGAUAACCCUUUGCAUGUGAAUGAUGAAUUAUGGGUAUUUUGUGCGGUCAGAUGAGGAAUUAUUGAUAUCGAAAGUUAAAAUCUAACAAGUGGAACAUAGAUUUAAGAGUAUAGUUUAACGGACAGCAUGUUAUACAGGAUUUAUAGUAUUUAAUAUAAAUGUAAAAUAUUUCCUCAACAUUCAUUUUGAUUGUAAUAUAUAUACGGUUUUUAAUUUCCAUAUAGUAUUUUUGUAUGUUGAACACCGACAUUGGUGAUGUACAUUUUUUUUUACCUUUUAGUUUGUUUUUCUACCCACAAUUGUUUGACAAAGUAGUUUAAGCAGCUUCUUUUCAUUUAAUGCUGUCUCGUAAGUGUUUUUGUGUUUGCAAGCGUUUCUAUUUAUUUCAUUAAAGGUCUUUUUGCCUAUUAAAAAGGCUGGUUUUACCCUACAGUGUGUUUUAGUUUUUUAGGUAUUUUUAUGUGAUUUCUACCGAGCCCCAUGGAGAUAAAAAAAUAUGAGAUGGGAGAAAAAAAUUCUGUGCUUUUGCAUUCACUCACAAAUCUAUGUAAAGUAGAUACAAUACUAUUAUAGGUAUUGCGUUCCCCCGAUAAACUUUACGUUCACUCACAAAUACAUUGAAAUGUCGU